CAGAUGCAGACGUUGAGAAUCUUCCUUGGCAAUCAUGGGUGGUGUUCGGAAUCAAUCAUGGAGCUGGACAUGGUGUUUCUUCUUGAGCUGGAUGGGAAUGGCUUGGGCAGAGACAGGACCAGGUUACCUGGUUGGCAUUCCUGCAGUUCUGGAAAGUGGAGCUGAAACAAAUUUCUGUGCCAGUCUGCUGCACCCCAAUGAGACUCUGACCAUGACAGUUUUUUUGAACUCUGAAGAGGAGAACAUUACCCUCUUCAAAGAAACAUCCAGUAAAGACUUUCACAAGUGCCACAAGUUUAAGGUUCCUGUUUCGAAAGAGAAUGAGGUGCGGCAAAUGGUUGUGGAGGUACAAGGUGCAACAUUUAGCUCGAGAGAGGUCAGGAAGGUCAUGAUCAGUGUAUAUACACCGAUGACUUUCAUCCAGACUGAUAAACCCAUCUACCUCCCAGGACAAACUGUGCACUUCAGGGUCGUUUCGUUGGACACAAAGUUCAGACCUGCUGUUCAAAUGUACGACAUCAUUGAAAUUCAGAAUCCCAGCAACACCCGAAUAGGGCAGUGGCUGAACAAAACGUCGAGCAAUGCAAUACUGCAGCUGUCUUACUCAUUGAACUCUGAGGCGCGGCAAGGUGUCUACCAACUCAGUGCGUCAGUUGACGGAGACAAAAUAUACCACAACUUCAAGGUGGAGAAAUAUGUUUUGCCCAAAUUUGAUAUCAAAAUAAAUGGACCAGAUGAAGUGGUUAUUGUCGAAGAUGACAUCGCCAUCGAAGUAUGUUCAAAGUACACAUAUGGACAGCCUGUGCCUGGUAGUGCCACACUUAAGGUGUGUCGCCCAGUCUACUCGUAUCUUUACAACACAGAAGAGGGCCCUCUUGUGAUUCCUCCUUGCUAUGAGGAUACAAAACAGACAAAUAAGAUGGGCUGUGCCACCUUUACUCCGAAGUUGUCAACGUUCACAAAAAUUGACCAGAAGGCAGUACAAGAUGUACUGGAAGUCCAUGCUGAACUGAAAGAAGAGGGGACAGGUAUUACACAGCUGCACUACAAAAGAAUACAAAUUUCAUAUGUCAUUGGAAAGCUGUCAUUUGAGGACACUCCUAAGAUCUAUGAGGAUGCGUCACUAGUAGAGGGCAAAGUUAAAGCAGUUCACUACAACAAUACUGUCAGUGGUGGCAUGGACCUGUACGUGCUUGAGGGUGACCGGUGGUCAGCACAGCUCCGACAGAACCUCACCACUGACCUUAAUGGCUUUGCGACCUUCUCAAUAAGCACCAUUGGCCGUCAAGAUGACAUUCACCUCUACGUUAGCGCCACCCCAAGCCUGGAAUAUGCUUAUCGAACUCCACACUAUGAGAAUGGGGAGCACACUGUUUCUCCAGUCCGAAAACCUUCUCUUGAGACAAAGACGGUCAGCUACCUGUUGGUCAAGAAUAAGGACAAAUCGAUUCCUUGCGACAAAGAUGAAGACGUCACCAUUCAAUACACCGUAGUCGGAGAGUCUCAGGGGUCUGCCGAUCUUAUAUAUCUGGUCCUUGCCAGAGGAGCCAUUGUUUUGCAAGGAGCGAAACGGAUUGCCGUUGUGGAUGAAUCAGUGAAUGAGGGCGAGGUGACUUUCCAGUUGAAAGUUUCUGCCGAGAUGGCACCAGAGGUCCAGAUAGUUGCAUAUGCUGUGCUUCCCAGCGCCGCAGUCAUUGCCCACAGUGCACACUACAUCACUGAAAAAUGCUUUGGCAACAAAAUCUCUCUGGAGUUUUGUCCAGAUUCAGCUGUACCAGGUGAAAAAAACACCUUGCAAUUGACAACCCAGCCAAACUCUCUGUGUGGGGUGAGCAUUGUUGACCAGAGUGUCCUCAUCAAAGAACCUGGAAAGACCUUAAAUGCCGAUAAGAUAUUUGCAAUGUUGCCUGUCAUAAAAUCAACAUACAUUCCCUACAAAGUUGAGGAUCAAGUGGAUUGUUUACAAGUCAGACCAAAAAGGUCUAUUCUGCCAUACCCUGGGCGUGAUAUUGAUGAUCCUUUCACAGUUUUCCAGAAUAACGGGUUGAAGAUGGCAACAAAUUUGAAUGUCAGAGUGCCCACUUGCCUCAAAUAUAUGGGAAGAGAAUACCAUAAUCGUCCCUAUGGUAUUGCUCUACAAUAUCAAACCGUAGAUGCGAUGGCGGCUCCUCCUCCUGCUGUUGGUGGUAUGGGAGGUGGUUUGGGUGGUAUCGCCCCAAUUCAGACAAUCCGUAAUUUCUUUCCAGAGACUUGGUUGUGGGACCUGGUGGAAGUUGGGCAUUCCGGCAUGAAGGAUGUGCCCCUGACUGCCCCAGACACCAUCACCACAUGGGAGACGGAGACUUUCUGCCUGUCCCCUCAGGGUUUUGGCUUGGCUCCUCGUCAAAAGUUGACAGUCUUCCAGCCUUUCUUCCUUGAGCUCACUCUGCCAUAUUCCAUCAAACGUGGGGAACACUUUGAGCUGAAAGCCACAGUCUUCAACUUCCUCUCCAAGUGCAUCAUGGUUAGUGUGACGCCAACCCCCUCUGAAGAUUUUGUCCUCACCCCACUUUCUGGUGAAGAGUAUAACACCUGCCUGUGUGGCAAUGAGCGCAAGACCGUCAGAUGGACUUUGGCCCCCUCAACAUUGGGGGUUGUCAAUGUGACCGUGACUGCGGAAGCCGUGCCAUCUCAUGCUUCUUGUGACAAUGAGAUUGUGAGCGUGCCAGAAAGAGGUCGAAUAGACACCGUCACACGACCUCUCAUUGUUAAGGCUGAGGGAACAGAGGUGACAAAAACCCACAACUUUCUGCUCUGCCCUAAAGGAAACAGUCUGAAGGAGGAAAUCGAAUUGAAGCUCCCCGAGAAUGCAAUUGAUGGAUCAGCACGUGGUCUAAUAUCUGUCCUGGGUGACAUUUUGGGCCGGGCUUUGAAGAACCUUGAUGGCCUGUUGAGGAUGCCACAUGGCUGUGGAGAGCAGAACAUGGCACUGUUAGCCCCAAACAUUUAUAUAGCGCAGUACCUUAAAGACACACAGCAGCUGACUCCAGCCAUCGAACAAAAGAUCGUCAAUUUCCUGACUAAUGGCUACCAGAGACAACUUAACUAUAAGCAUUCCAGUGGUGGGUAUAGCACUUUUGGGACCGGCGUCGAGAAUACUUGGUUGACUGCUUUUGUGAUGAGAUCUUUUGCCAAAGCCAAGUCUUUUAUUUAUAUUGACCCUGCCAAUAUUGAGGAGUCUGAGACUUGGCUGCAAAGCAAGCAAGGAGGAAAUGGUUGUUUCCAAAUGUCAGGAAAACUUUUCAAUAACAGAAUGAAGGGUGGUGUUUCUGAUGAAGUGACUCUCAGUGCUUACGUCACUGCUGCCUUCUUGGAGAUGGGGAGAUCUGUUAAUGAUGCCACAGUGACCCAGAGCCUGUCUUGCUUGAAGGGGUUUGUCAAUGACCACAGCAACACGUACACAACAGCGCUGCUUGCUUAUGUCUUCACCUUAGCUGGAGAUGAGGAGAACCGCUCUCUACUUCUGCAGCACUUGGACAGCAUAAAAAUACAAAAAGAUGGUUUAAUUUACUGGAACCAGAAGUCAACUGAGACGUCACAAUCUCUGUCCGUGGAGAUCUCCUCUUAUGUGCUCCAAGCCAAACUUGGGACCUCUCCCACUGUUGAAGACCUGGGUUACGCCUCCAGCAUUGUCAGAUGGCUGACAAGCCAGCAGAACUCAUAUGGAGGCUAUGCUUCUACUCAGGACACAGUGCUGGCCCUUCAGGCUCUGUCCCUUUACUCCACUCUGGUAUUCAGUCCAGCGGGUUCCAGCUCAGUGAUCGUAUCAUCUCCCAGUGGCCAGAUGACAUUUGAAGUCAAUCAGAAUAACAAACUGCUCUACCAGGAAGAGGUGCUAAAGGAUUUCACAGGAAAGUACAGUGUGGAGGUGAAGGGGUCUGCAUGCACUUCAUUGCAGACUACUCUUCUCUACAACAUUCCCGCACCCACUGAGGCCACUACCCUGAGUGUCACCGUGCAGACUGAUGCAAACUGCACCAGCCCACCUGGCAGAUCUAAACUCAACCUGAGGCUGAAAUCUCUAUACAGUGGGAAGGAAAGCAGUACAAACAUGGUGAUCCUGGAAAUCAAUUUGCUGUCUGGGUUUCAAGUAGACCCAAUGUCUUUCCAGAGACUCAAAGGCGCUCUGCUGGUUGAUCGUGUUGAACAGAAGGAAGAUCGUGUGCUUGUGUAUUUGGAGUCUCUGCCAAAUAAUACACCGAUAUUCCACGACUUGGAGCUGGUCCAGGAAAUCCCAGUGCACGACCUGAAACCAGCCACGGUCAAGAUCUACGACUAUUACCAGCCAAGUGACCAGGCUGAGACAAAUUACAACUUCGAUUGUAAGACAGCUUGAAGCACAGCCGGUGUUGAAUUCAUCACUUAUUCACUAAUAAACGAGCCUGCAUUUUGGUACAGAUUGUCUAACUCCAUGUCUGCUUGUUUAAUAAAACAACACUUGGCUGAAGAUCAAUGAAAAUUAUGGUGUCUCCACAAUCUUCAUAUUAGAAAUAAAUCUGUCAAUUUGAAACUGGA